AUGGCUUCCGCCGCGGCGGAGCCGGUAGUUGCUGAGCUGAGUACCCAAACAUACAAUGCCCUUGUUGAUCCGAUGCUGGAAGAGCUCUCGAUUGAGCUGGAAGAGCUUCUGGAAACGCACGAUAUUGACGCGCUGGAAGAAGAGCGUGGUGGCGACCCGAGCGAUUGGGACGUGGAAUAUGCGACGGGUGUGCUGACGUUACGACUGGGGUCGUACGGGACCUAUGUGAUCAACAAGCAGCCGCCAUCGCGGCAAAUCUGGCUAUCGAGUCCGUCGAGCAGCGGCCCAAAACGCUUUGAUUAUGAUGCCACAAACAAAGUAUGGUUUACCAACAAAGAGGGCGAGCUGCACUAUUUCCACGAGCUGCUUACGCGCGAGCUGAGUGAGGUGCUUGGCGAGCCUGUCGACCUGUCCAUAGCUUCGUAG